ACCGCCAAUCGAUGCCCACCCCACCCUCCAUGGCGUUGUCGAAGCACACACGACACUGCCCUUUUCUGGAAAGUUGAAAGCGGAAUACGAAUUCCACACCGUUUGUUGCUGGCUGCACUCUACUGCCAUUGCAGCAAAAUACUCACACGCCUUUGGUCCGCGCGCAGCUUCAAGCGAUAUACAAAGUAGUCUUUGUGUUCUGGAAUGGAGUGUGUUGAUGAUGUGCCUGUGGAAGAUGAAAAAGCGGUUGUACUUGAGAGCACUAAUGGAGAAAGUUCCACGAAUAAGGAGAACAUCACUAACUGUCAGAAGCAAUUUCCUGAGGCCUGCGAACUUAUGAUUUCACACAAACAGAGACACGGUGCAGAAGCCAAAUUGUCCACACCAGAGUUGAAGAACCACAUACCAUCCAGACAGGUCAGAAGUUCUAAUAAAAUUGGAUCAAAGAACAGUAAAAUCAAUAACCAGUCUGAUUCAAAAGGAACAGGUGUGUUUGGCAGCAGCAAAAGGGAAAACCGCCAAUCUGUUGUAAUGAAAAGAAGCAUUGAUGUGCAUUCGAACAAGAAAAAUGAAAGACAGCCUCAGAAAAAUGCUGUGAAGGCUGAGUCCACUAUUUCAGAUGCCAAUUCGGAUUCUAACCGUGUGAUCAGUGCAGGGAAUCCAAAGAGCGGACAUGGUCCUAAACUAGGCCUUCCCCAUGGAUCUAUGACCAAACCUACUACCGAUCUGUUGGUUGAGAAAAAUUCUGACAUUAGCCCCAAUCAGUUGCUUGUGAAGGAGGAAGAGGAUGCUCGAUCUGCUACCCCCUCGUCGAUUCUUACUCCCAAAUCAAGGCACAGGAUUAAUGUGACAACAUUCUCCUUCAAGCUGGACGAGCGAGCUGAAAAACGAAAAGAGUUUUUUUCGAAGAUAGAAGAGAAAAUCCACGCCAAAGAAAUUGAAAAGAGUAAUUUGCAAGCUAGAUCGAAGGAGCACCAAGACGCAGAAAUUAAGCAGCUGAGGAAGACCUUGACAUUUAAAGCCACACCUAUGCCGAGUUUCUACAAAGAACCGCCUCCAAAAGUUGAGCUGAAGAAGAUACCGACCACACGUCCAAAAUCUCCAAAGCUUGGACGUCACAAAGGCAGAGGCAGUGCUGCUGCUGCAUCAAAGAAACAAUCCAGGGCCAAGACACGAGAUCGGGAUUCCUUCAGCUCAAGAGAGGAAGAAAUCCAUUAUCAUCCACCGCGAUGUAUUCCAACUGUCGAGGAUCAUCCCGAAGAAGAAGAAGAAGAAGAAUUGCAGUGAGUGUUUGUACAAUAGGAUACCAGCAAAAUAAGCAUGGUAUGAAUGAUGCAUUAAUUGUCUGUGUUGUGUUAGUCACUCUGCAUGUCUGUCUGUUGUUUUACUUAUCUAUAUAUAUAUAUAUAUUUACGGAACUACCAUCUAAA